AUGAAUAACAGAGUUGGAGUUGAUGAAUCUCCAGCAGUUAAUCCUGAUCCAAGACGAUUAGGAAAAUUAUAUGAACAUUUUCGAAAAAGAAAAUCCAUGUGGAUAAUAUUUUUCAUUAUUUUGGUUGCUUUAAUAAUAGUUGUUCCAACAACUAUUGUCCUGGUGAACAAAGCAAAGAGAGAAAAAACAUCGACAAUGGAAAUAACAACAGAGAUAGAAAUAACGACAGAAAGAACAACAACAGGAACAACGAACGAACAAUUACUUUCUACUGUUAUCAUCAAUAAGAAUAUGAAAUGGAAACAGAGCGCAUCUACGGUUGCCGGAGGAAAUGGACAGGGAAGUGAAUUAAAUCAGUUAGAUGCUCCUUCUGGUAUUUAUGUUGAUGAUGAUGAUCAAAGUAUUUAUAUUGCUGACACUGACAACAAUCGUAUUGUUAGAUGGAAAUUUGGUGCAAACAAUGGUGAAAUCGUUGCAGGUGGAAAUGUAUCUGGAAAUGAAAAAUAUCAAUUGAAACAACCAACAAAUGUCAUUCUUGAUCAAGAGAAGAAAUAUCUCAUCAUUUGUGAUACGGGCAACUUUCGAUUGAUAAAAUGGUCUCGUCAAAAUAGUCAGGAUCAAGAAAUAUUGAUACCUUUCAUUGUUUGCUUCGCUUUAGCAAUAGAUAAUAAUGGAGAUUUUUAUAUUUCUGAUUGGCUAAAUAAUAAAGUCAUACGUUGGCAAGAAGGAAAUAAAGAAGGUAUACUUGUAGCAGGUGGAAAUGGCGAAGGAAAUUCAUUUAAUCAACUUCAUCAAGCUAAGCAGAUCUUCGUCGAUAAAUAUCAUUCAGUUUAUGUUGCAGAUUUUGUGAACGAUCGUGUGAUGAAAUGGACGAAAAACGCGACCGAAGGCAUUCUAGUUGCUCCAAAAAACGUUUCUAAUCAAAAUCCCAGUACAAUGCUUAAGCCCAGAGGUGUGAUCGUUGAUCAUACGGGUAAUAUUUAUGUAUCGGAUGCUACAGAUCAUCACAUAAUGCGUUGGUCACCAGAUGCAAGAGAAGGUAUUGCUGUUGUUGGUAAAGAACAAUCUGGAAGUGACUCGACGCAACUCACUAACCCUGGAUAUUUAUCAUUUGAUCGAUCGGGUAAUCUUUAUGUGGUCGAUGCAGGCAACCAUCGAAUACAAAAUUUUACUAUUGAUCUUAACUGA